AUGUUCCCAGGCUGGCUGGCUCUCAUCUUCCUGUCCGUGCUGAGCUUGAAUACUCAGGCCUUCAACAGCAAGCUUGUCAAGUGCUUUGAGGAUCCCCAGUAUGAAGAGCUACUGCAGCUGGCUCGGAAUGGACUGGGGCAGACAGCCGAGAGGAAGCAAGUGGUGGUGAUUGGGGCGGGCAUGGCUGGACUCACUGCUGCCAAGAUCUUGCAGGAUGCUGGCCACCAGGUGACUGUCCUGGAGGCCUCAGGACGUGUAGGUGGCAGAAUCGAGACUCACCGAGUCCCUGGAGCGCACUGGUACAUAGAGCUGGGCGCCAUGAGGAUCCCUAUCAAUCACAGGUUUUCUCAUGAGCUCAUCAAAAAAUUUGGACUGAUGCUAAAGGAAUUCUGCCCUUGCAACAAUCAGACCUGGGUGCUGGUCAAUGGAGUUCGGCAGCGCUCGGGGGCAGUGCAGGCCGACCCUGGCCUGCUGGGUUACUCAGUCAAAGCUGAUGAGAUGGGGAAGACAGCAGAACAGCUCUUUGAUGCAUCUCUGAGAAAGAUUGUGGAAGAGCUGAAGAACAGCAGUUGCCAGGACGUCCUGGAGAAGUAUGACUCCUUCUCCACCAAGGAGUACCUGAUCAAGGUGGGGAACCUGAGCCGGGGGGCCGUGCAGAUGAUCGGCGACAUGCUGAACACAGACUCCGGUUACUAUGAGGCCUUUACCGAGACCCUGCGUGGCAUCAUCUCCUUUUUCCAAGAGCCCCGGUUCGAUGAAAUCGUUGGAGGCUUUGACCAACUCCCCCAGGCCCUGCACAAUUCUCUCCUCCCAGGGACUGUCUGGUUCUACUCACCAGCAGAAGAAGUAGAGAGGUCUGGAGACUAUGUUCAUGUCACCUACAAGACACCUGACCCUCUGCAGCCCAGGGCGCGGCUGACUGCGGAUUUUGUGGUGGUGGCCACCACUGCUAAGGCUGCCCGCCUCCUUAGAUUCCAGCCACCUCUCUCUCUUAGCAAACAGGAUGCUCUGCGUUCUGUCCACUACAAUAGUGCCACCAAAGUGAUCCUGGCCUGCAAACAGCGUUUCUGGGAACGAGACGGCAUUUUCAGUGGCAAAUCUACCACCGACCGGCCUUCCCGUUUCAUCUACUAUCCCAACCACAUCUUCCCCAAUGGUGCGGGGGUCAUCCUGGCAUCUUACACCCUGGAUGAUGACUCUGUGUUCUUGACAGCCCUGGACCACAGUCGGGUAGUGGACAUUGUUCUGGAUGACCUAGCUGCUAUUCACAAUCGUCCCAAAGAAGAACUCCGUGAUCUCUGUCCUUACUCCGCAAUCAAGAACUGGAGCCAAGAUCCUUAUUCCAUGGGUGGCUUUGCCUUCUUCACCCCCUACCAAUAUGUGGACUAUGCCCAGGAACUCAGCCAGCCGGAAGGGCCAGUCUUCUUCGCGGGUGAACACACAGAUCUACCCCAUGGCUGGAUCGACACUGCUAUCAAGUCAGGACUCAGGGUGGCAAAGAACAUUCAGGAAUCUGUGAACUUGGCUUUGACAAGGAACCCCAGAAAUAUAAAAGAACACUUCUCCAAAAGUGAACUGUAA